CUUAAUAAAAAAGAGAUUCCUUUGUCUCCUUCUCCAAAUUACUAAAAACCCAAAGGGGAAAAGCUUUUUGUUUAUUCAUUCAUCAGCAAAAAAUGGAAAAGAAACAACAAAAUUAAAGGUACCGUCUCGCUUUCUUUCUCCGUCCGUCUCAUCAAUCAAGACAUGAAAUAAAUAAACCCGUCUCCUUUCUCUCUCUCCCUCAUCAUCUCUUCCGCGAAAUCAAAGCGAGGCAAACGAGAAAUAAAGAAAACCCCACGAGAAAACCCUCCGCCGGCCAGAAAUCGACGAAUCCAUCUUCUUCUUCUUCUUAAUCUUCCCCCCGCUGGACCCGAGGUCGGAUUUGCUGGAAACUCAAAUGUUGCAGCUCUUCUUCGCGGUGGCGUUCUCGGCGGUGCCGUUGACGCUCUACAUCCCGCCGAUCCGCUCCCUAAACCUGUUCGUGGAGACGAUCGAGGACAUGCUCCGCCAGAUGGCCGUCCAUACUAUCCGUACGUAUCCUCGGAUACGCCUCGCCUUCUCUCGCAUCCUCAGCAACCUCCUCCGUCUCUCCAGGUAAACGAAUUCAAUCCCCCCCUCCGCCGCCCCUGGCCCUGCCAGCAACAGAUCGGAAAAAUGUCCGUUGACUAGAGGCCGGCCGUUCUUCGCUCUUGGAUCGGGUUUUGUGGUUGUUGUUGCUGCUGCUUGUUGUUGUUGUUGUAAAUACACUCUUGUGUAGCUAUGUGACGGUAGAGAUCGAAUCGGUUCUUCAGCAGAUUUUCCGUUCUCCCCCUCCGAAUUUAGGUUUUGACCGAUUAGAUUGUGAAGAGAUUUUCUUGUGAUGGAUUUUUGGUUUGUAAUGUAAUCUUUUCUGUAUCAUCUCUGAUUGAGCAAUAAAUUAAUUCGAAAUCGAAAUAAAUGUGCUUUGACGUUUGAGGAUCAUCCUUCCUAGUCUUCUUCUUCUACCUUGUUGUAUCAGUUGAAUCAUGUAUCCAUUAUCGAGUUGACAUGAUUAAACUCACGAAGUUGCAGCUUCAUCAUCUCGAUUAUACUUUAAAUCAUUGUUAGUCUCAGCGAUCUGAUCUCCGUGAAACAACGCUAGUUCCUGAGAUUCAAGCUCAAACAAGACAAAUCUAGUGGGGCGGGUCGGUGACUCGAUGAGCGGUUUUGAUUAGUGAACGAAUAGAAUAUGAACAUGAUU